AUGCCUUGGGGCAUAUUAGAAUGCGAAAAGCUGGAGAUAGUGCCGGGAACGGCACUCCUCCGUGAUCAAAGUGAUCUACCAGAUGACCUUCGAGCUGUCGAUGCAAGCAGACUCAAGCAUGGCAGCGGCAAGUUCAGCCACAUUGUCCUUGUACCACAACCAUCAGACUCGCCCAACGAUCCUCUCAACUGGUCAACGUGGAAGAAAGACUUCAUCCUCUUCUUGGUCGGCAUGUCAGCUGCAGUAGUCGGAGCCUAUGGACCUAUGCUUGGCCCUGGUUUCGUGCCCAUCGCCAAACAGCUCGGGAUCACCGUUGUCAUCCUCUCGCAAUCCACUGCCUGGCUCAUCCUGACACUCGGCUUGUGCGUGUUCUUCUUCAACCCGGCUGCAAAGAUCUGGGGCAAGCGACCUGUCUAUGUCCUCUGUUCGAUCAUAUUGCUUAUCGUCAGCAUUUGGGGAGCGGUCGCGGACAACUAUGGCUCCUUCCUAGGCUCUCGCGUCUUAGGAGCACUGGGUAUGGCGCCAUAUGAGGUCUUGGUACAAGCGACUAUCUCCGACCUGUAUUUCGUUCAUGAACGUGCCACACGUCUUGCUGUAUGGAACCUGUUCUUACUCUGCGGUAUUUGCGGCGCUGGUCUCGUAUCCGGCUACAUCAUUGAAGAUCUUGGCUACAAGUGGACUUUUGGGCUGUGUGCCAUCCUAUUCGGUAUAUUCGGCAUUGGCAUCAUCUUCUUCGUGCCGGAGACCACUUUCAUCCGCCAGCAGGUCACCUCUCCGAUUCUGGCGAAGACUGGUAUCCAAGAUCAAGAGCGAGGAGCACAGAAUGAGAAGUUUGACGAAACUGGAAUGCAUGUCGAGUACCAUGCACUACCCAGGAAGAUUACUGGCAACGGGUCCAAUCCUGACGCAAGCACAGAAGCCCGGCACAGCUUCAUUCGCUCAAUGGCAUUGUAUACUGGACGCUACUCUGAUGCUAAAAUCUGGAAGAUCUUUUGCCGACCGUUCGUUAUGUUCUUCUACCCUUGCGUGUUCUGGGCCUUCCUCAUCUACGGGACGACCUUGACCUGGAUAGUGGUAUUUAGUGUCGUAAACGGUGUCAUCUUUACAGCUCCACCAUACAACUUCAGUGUCGGAGAGACUGGCCUGAUAUCGCUCAGUCCCUUUAUCCUAUGCAUCGUCGGCGAGUGUAUCUCUGGUCCACUCAAUGACUGGCUUUGUAUCAAGAUGGCACAGCGUAACCAUGGGAUCUACGAGCCUGAGUUCCGACUGGUACUCAUGAGCGUCGUGCUCGUCCUUGGCACGGUUGGCUUUUACGGAUUUGGCGCAUCGAUCCACGCCCAGACCCACUGGUCAGGUCCAGUACUGACGUACGGUCUUGCAAACAUGGCACUGGCUUUUGCUAGUACUUGCGUCUUCGGCUACGUUUUGGACUGCUACCCACGUCUUGCAGAGGAGGCUUUCGUCGCUAUUAACACCCGCAACCUCCUUACAUUUGGAUUAAUAUACUUCGUGAACUCUUGGCUGGAGAAGAGUGGUGUUCUGGCAGUCUUCAAUGUCCUUGGUUCCUGCUUCGUUGCGGUUUGCCUGCUCACGAUUCCGCUGUGGAUCUAUGGCAAGAGGAUCAGGAGCUGGACUGCCCGACAACAGUGGCUCAGCGACUUCAUGUCAGAUAUCUGA